AAAGCCCAUGUAUUUUUGUUCUCUGACUGUGACUUUCCUAUUGAGUAAACCCAAAGCUCAUUCUUCGGUUAUUUUUCUGAUGACUCACAAGGGCUGUUUUAGUGAGGCUGCCCCAAGUUAGCAGCAAGUGUUGGUUCACCCUUAGGGUGGUAUCUGCUAAACUCUGGUAUUAAUUCUCUGUAGUGUAAGGCAGUAUGGACAUAUUUAUCAUUUGACAGCCCUCCUUCUCUAUAUAAGGUAUAGGAAAAAUUUUGGGCUUCAAUAAGGCUGAGCAACCUGCCUUCUGUCACAGAGUAUGUACAUCAUAAUCUGUGUUCUCGGGAGGAGUGCAUUUUUAAGCAGUUGCUAGGAAAUGAGAUUUUUUUUUUUUAAGUUCCUUCCUGAGUCCAAUUUCUUGACAUAUUUUAUUUGAGAGAUCACAAAGGAGGAUCUUUUAGAAGGGCAACUGCUACUUAAAGACACACGCUUAGAAAGGACAAUGAGUUUAGACAGUGAUAUGCAUCUAUUGUUCUGCUGUUAAGCACUUCUCUCUCUGGAAGCGUACCCCAGUCAUCCUGUUCCUGCAAAUAUGAAAUGACUGAAUCAAUCCAAGGAGGUCAAAACGCCUUUCAUAUCUAAAACCUUGUAAUCUUUUGUUAGCUUAGAAGAGCAAAACUUCUGAAGUUCCUGAGAUGGCUUUAGAGACAUGUGGAAACUGUUUGAGUUGUCUGUUGAUACCUCUUGCACUUUGGAGUAUUGUUGUUAACAUCCUAUUAUACUUCCCUAAUGGGAAAGCUUUGCAUGCCGCCAGUUACCAGCUUCCCAACUACGUGUGGUAUUUUGAAGGCAUCUGUUUCUCAGGUGUGAUGAUCCUUCUGCUGGCGGUAAUUCUAAUAAUACUGGAGUGUAGUGUGUUCUAUCGGUGCUGCCAGAGUGAGAGCUGUAACAAAACCUACAGGAGUUUUAUAUCAAUUGUGCUGGCCCUGCUUGGAGUUGCUUUCUCUGGGUAUAGUUGCAUCAUUUUUACCUUGGGGUUGAUCCAAGGCCCCUUCUGCAAUUCAUCAGAUGGAUGGGAUUAUAUCUUCAAAGACACUGCUGGAGGGUACCUCACAGAUUACGCUGCUUGGUCUCGGUGCACUGAACCUGCUAACAUAGUGGAGUGGAAUAUCAUCUUACUCUCUAUUCUGAUUGCUCUUAGUGGACUGCAGUUGAUCAUCUGUUUUCUCAAAGUGGCUGCUGAGUUGAAACGGACACUCUGUGGGACCUACUCUGUUUUUGUCCAGGCUGGGAUUCUCUGAAAAUGACAAGGAAAUCUUCACUGCUUCUCCAUCAUCCCUCAGAAAAAAAGAGAAAUGGCUUCUCCAACAUUUAUGAUGGUAGAUAUUAGUGCUGCAAAGACAGUGAAACCCUUGUCUUAAAUCUUCGUGUCUCAAGCCUCUGUAGCUUAGAUGAAGUUAUUUGAACUGACAUCUACAUUUUCCUGGUUGUUUUCUAACCUGUUCAGUUGUCCCUGGCAGAGACUCUUCAUUAUUUUUUACCCUCUAGCUUGUUCUGACAGUAGAGAGGUUUGAAUACCAUGGAUCUGCUUUUAUAUGAUUUUUUUUUUUUUUUAAUGAACUGCUGUAAAACUGCUAUAGAACUGCUUUUAUACUCCCCUCUCUUUGUUUAGAACACAGGAAUACUUGUUGUUCCAAAAGGUUCUGAUAAUAAAUUUUAGUUACAGACAGAUCAUGAUGAAGGGCAACAGCUAAUCCUGCUCAUUCUGUCUUGGAAGUUCUUAACUGCACAAAGCAAUUACUGGAAAAAGUCUAUCAAGUCUUCCCGUGGAAGGGCUUUUAGAGCAGCAACUGGACCUGAUUGAAAGAUUAGAUACACAGCUUUGAAGUCAGCCAUUCUAGUUAGAUCACAGUAAUAGCUGCACUGGGUUUCUUUUUAUUUUAUACUUGGAGGCAAACUUUUUUUAGUCAAUUAUUAUGCGACUUGAGGGAAUAGAUAAGGGAACCUUGUAAGCACCCAUUGCUAACUUAUUAAUACUCUUCUAAAUACCCUGACUUUGCUGCAAUGGAGGGCUAAUAUUCUCGACUGUAAUAAUCAGAUGAAAAAGAAUAAUCCAUUUUAAAUUAGCAGCUAAAAAGUUUGUU